AUGGGGCUUCCCAGGCACCGGGUAGUGAUAGUGAUUAGCUUUCAAUCCACGGCUAAGUGGCCACUCGGCCAGUUGCCCACCACGAGGCUCCACAGCAGGCGUUGCUCAACCCACUUCGGCAGGUUCACCCACAACUUAACACUCAGACCCCUCAGCAAGCCUAAGAUCGUCAAGAAGAGGACCAAGAAGUUCAUCCGCCAUCAAUCCGAUCGCUAUGUCAAAAUUAAGCGUAACUGGCAGAAGCCCAGAGGUAUUGACAACAGAGUCCGCAGAAGGUUCAAGGGCCAAAUCCUGAUGCCCAGCAUUGGGUAUAGUAGCAGUAAGAAGACAAAACACAUGUUGCCUUCAGGAUUCAGAAAGUUCCUUGUCCACAACAUCAAAGAGCUGGAGGUGCUAAUGAUGUCCUAUUGUGCAGAGAUUGCUCACAAUGUUUUAUCCAAGAAUCGGAAGGUAAUUGUGGAAAGAGCAGCUCAGCUUGCUAUCAAAGGCACCAAUCCAAAUGCCAGACUGCGCAGUGAGGAAAAUGAAUAAAUAGUUGCUCUUGUACAACUGUAUUUAAUAAAAAGUAAAAACAACAACAA